AUGUCAAGUAUCAACAACACCAACACCUAUAUCGACCAACCAAAAACAUGUUCCGAGGAAGAGGUUAGUUAUAAGGAGUGUUGUCGCAACCAUGCAAUAGCCAUGGGAGGAGCUUGCUAUGAUGGGUGCAAUGAGUAUCUUCAAGCAAGCGGCGACAACAUAAGCGCUGAAAACAGUUUCCUCUGUGCUUGUUGCGGUUGUCACCGCAACUUUCACCGCAGAUACAUUGUUUCAAACAGCCAACCUCAGAUUGAAACAGAGGAAAAUGAUGGUCGGAACGAAGUUCCAGUUUCAGAGCCAUGUCAGUUUGCUGAUAUUGUGGGGGUGGAAAUCGACAUCCAACGUUUCUGCACUGACAUGGGAUUCAGUCUCAGGAUGUUCGUGGUGUUCAUGGUUGGAUAG